CAGGCGUCCAGCGUCCCGCGCUCGCACCGACUCGUGUCCGUGCCCGACAUUAAACAUUGUAGAGCCAGUAGGCAUUUCGUAACGACACUCACAUGUUGCUGUUGGAUUAGAAUAUUAGUUAGUCGUAAGUACUUCAUUAAGCCUGUUGUCCGCUUCGCCAUCGCCCCGCCGGUUUUCACAACCGUUCCCGACGUUUAUCAUCAGAGCUGUGAAUAUUGUUUCGGCUCUUCAUCAUCGGCGUUGAGCCGUUGAAGGUGAUGGCGGCGUUCACGGCUUCUGGCCGUCCAUUCGAUGUUCUGUCGGAGCCCGAAGAUUCGAGCGAUUCGGACGAUUCUUUUCGCUUUUCCCUCGGCGCUAGUAGCGUCGGACACUCGUCGAUAUCGAUUUCGUCGCUUGGAUCCUACGACAGCGACGCCAUGGAAGAAGCCAUUUACCACGAAUUGGAAAUCGCCGCUUUGGAGAACGAAGCUAACAUGUUAUGCGAUUUGCUGCACAGUAUGGCCAAGGCCAACGACAGGAUUUCGCCGGGCGAGUUCAUGAUGAUGAAAAUGCAAGACAGGCCGCCACGUUACGAAGAUAUUGGAAAAGACCGUAAAGUUCCUUUUGAUAUCCACCCCGAUGAGCCGCCUCCCUUGUACGCCUCUAUUUUUUAUCCACACCCGGCCAUGUUCAGGCAUAACUCCCUGGAACGGCCGACUAACGACGAAAUGGAAAUAGACAUGGAUGAGCCAAACUAUUUUAUGCUCGACAUUAUCCAUGAAGAGGAACCUUUAGAGACUUCUGAGGAUGAGGCGAUUGAUCUGACCCACGACGAAAUCAUCGAAUCGGAACCGAUCUAUGAGAAUGAAGAAUAAUUUCCUCUGCUCCAGGUCCAGAAUAACAGUAUACAGCAUUCCGCUGUGCAGAUAUCCGCCUGGCCAUAUAGAUAUUAAAAUACAUAUUAUAUUAUAUCAUUGUGUCUUACCUUAGGUUUAUUUACUUGUGUAUAUGACCUGCGUUCUCGACAUCUUUAUCGCUACAGAUCACGUCAAAUUAUUUUUUAUUUUAUAAUACAAUUUAGCUGACCGACGUUGCCGGAACUAAAGAUUUGUACUCUUAAUAAAAAAUAUUUCAACAAAUA